GCCGUCGCAACCAAACCCUUGUCUGAUCGGCAAGCACGAUUCUUGGUCUCCUUUGAUUCUUAGAUUCCUGUGACCGAUCUAUUCUGAUCUGGCUGAAUCCAAUUGGCUUUGUUAAACGAAAUUUGACCACGCAGGAGUCAAUUUGAGAUUAUUGGACCGUGAGCUCGAUUUCGCAGCUAUUCCCAUUGCUAUUACCGGCUUGAGCGAGAAUGGUCUCCAGCUUCAAACGCCUCGCGGCGGACCACUCCGCCUUACACGAUGAUCUCCCCCCAAACUACCUCCUCCCCUCCGAUGACGCCUCCGCCGAUGACCUCACACAACUCACUGCCCUGUUGGCCGGCCCACAGGGGACACCCUACGCCCAGGGCCUAUGGCGAUUACAUCUGAAGAUGCCUGAGGACUAUCCCAAGAGCCCGCCCAAGGCGACUUUCAAGACGCGCAUCUGGCACCCGAAUGUCGAGGAGUCGACGGGCGCUGUGUGUGUGGACACAUUGAAACGGGAUUGGAAGUCGACGCUGACGUUGAAGGAUGUGCUGGUCACGAUAUCAUGUCUCCUUAUCUACCCCAAUCCCGACUCUGCCCUCAACUCUACAGCUGGCGCGUUGCUUCAGGAGAACUACGAUGCCUUCUCCCGCCAGGCUAAACUGAUGACGUCUAUACACGCCCUGGUCCCGUCGGAACUGCAGCACGCAGUAUCCGAGGCGAAGAUGCGCGGCGAGGACGCCGGCGCGGCGAUCAUCCCAGAGCACGAGGAUUCGCGCUCUCUACGGCCGCGAAGCAAGGGCAGAACACAAACAGUGACCAUGAAGAAGAGGAGCACUCGACGUAAUACGGCCGAGGAGGGCGCCUCGUCGCGAUCGACGUCGACGCCGCAGCCGCCUAACUCGAUACCAGAAACCCAAGAGCAAACCGAGGCGCAUCAAGACCCAGAAACAGACGACGAGCCAAAAGAAAAUGAUCCGUCUCUAUCCCCCUCGCCUGUGAAAUUCGCCCCAUCCAGUCCCCGCAAGAACGCACUUGGCAAACGCCCACUCUCCGUACUGACAAUGCCCGUGGAGGCGGAACUCGCGACAACGGGAGAGGAUGACCACGACGCAGACGGGACAGGCAUGUCCGCCUCGGAGAAGAACAUCGCUGCAAACUGUCCCGCAGACGCGGACGGCUCUCCCCAAAGGAAAUCCCCUAAACUAUCCAUCAUCGAAAAGGGCAUCAACGCCUCAGGCCGCAUCCGCGAAGACGUCAAGAUCUUCGAAGACGCGCCCCACCCAGGCGACUCAGGCCACCGCCGCAACCCCAGCGGCAACGGCAAGAAAAAUCACCUCUCCCGUAGCGGCGACAGCGCCGCUCUCAAGGAACGAACAGCAGUAUUAGGACCUCAAAAACCCACUCGGAAACUAGACACCCUCAAUUCCUCGUCUUCUUCCUCAACAUCCUCCUCAACCCAACUCGGCCCAAAAACAACCACAAAGUUAGUCGUGGGCAGCUCCCGAAAGCCCCCUUCCGCCUUCCAUAACGCUCAAAAACCCAAGCCACGAAUCGGUAUCCGCCGACUAUGAUUGUCUUGUUUCUUCUCUUCUUCUUACGCCUUUAAUGAAUCGUCAUCAUCAGCAUCCACUUAUGCAUUUCCCGAAUAUCUUCUCUUUUCUCUUUGUCUUUUCUUUUCUCAUCUAGCCUAGAUUAUAUUCCGAACAUUGGCAUCAACAACGGCGUCGUCUUGUCUUGUCUUGGCUUGGCUCUCGAGAACAUCAAAUUUCAUCUUCUCUUCUCAAUGCAUGGCGUGGGAGCAAGGGUAUACAUAGGUGCAUGGUCUGACUUGCGGCGGUAGAGCGGAAUGAAAAUGGAAUACCAUUCCUUUCUGGGCGUAAUAUCCAUCAUAGGGGGGAUGGUGUGUAUGUUGGAAGGGAAAGGAAGUGAAGGGAG